UUCCCUGCCUUGUCUUGUCCACAUCCCUCAGCCGCUUAUUACUGUCUUCAUUCGAGAACAACUCACGCGACAAGCACUGCCAUCCUCACUCUCAUAGUAUGCAUACCCAGCGAUUUCAAUGAGUGAUUAUCUCCCCUCGUUCAUCGUCGAACCAGUCCUUCGCCAAGCACGGCGAUUCUCGCGACUCAGCACUGCCGAAGACUCGCCCUCGCCCGGUUUCCUGCCUCCUGUUCCUGAUUUCCAACGCUGGAAUCCCUCUCGGUUCUGGAGUACCUCUCCGCCUCCGUCGCUCGAAGAGCCAGAGCCGGAAAACAAGGAGACCACCGUGCAGUCCAUCACGAGAACCAUACAAUUAUGGGCAAACCAGUUGAACGCUUUCGAUCAGAUCCCUUCCCCUUCCCUAGAGCCAAUGGAUGACGAUUCCGCACCAGACGCCUCCAGGCAAGAGAUGGCUACAGCAGAGUUUCCGCUGCUAGAUCUAGACGCCGUGCAGCCUCCCCGCCCCGUGCUGCGCGAGGAACAACGUACCAGUAGCGAGACGUCGCUCAAUCCCGCUCAAGAACUGUCGUACAGGUCGAGAGUCCACCAAGACAGCACAAGACCUCAUUCCCUGUCUGAUCCACUUUCAGCUGGUCACACGGACUCACCGAGGCCGGGAGAUUCGCACACUAGACGAGAAGAAUAUGGCGAGAAUGGGUACCGGCGAAGAGAUGGAUCAGGAACGCUACCUGAAGACGACGGGAUGGGCUUUCUCAGACACAAGAUCAGUGCCGUAUGGGCCGGACCUGGUACACCCGCUGAGAAGUCGCGGUUGGUACACGCCUUGAUGAUGGAGCGGUACCAGACUGUCCAGGCUCUUCGGUCUCCGAUACUGCCUUCGAGUAAACCACGGGAUGUUCCUCGAGGUACCGAUUCCCCCAUGUCCAUGAUGUCCGGUAUCAGUCGUCGCGAGAUCCUGUACAAUGUGGCGCCUGAAGACCUAAUACCCACCUACGCGCCAAUGGACGCCGAGACGGUCCAGGACGACUUCGAUCCGGUGGGUGAAGCUUCCAAGCCGGAUCUGGGGUGUGUCCACUAUAAGCGCAAUGUCAAGAUGCAAUGCAAUACUUGUCAAAGGUGGUAUACCUGUCGGUUAUGCCAUGACGAAGCCGAGGAUCAUAUUCUGCCCCGCCGAGAGACCAAACAUAUGCUCUGCAUGCUAUGUAAGACCCCUCAACCAGUUGGCCAAUUCUGCGAAGCCUGUCAAGUCCAGGCAGCAAGCUACUUCUGCCCCAUCUGCAAGUUAUGGAGCGACGAUCCGAACAAGCCAAUCUAUCAUUGUGAUGAUUGUGGUAUCUGCCGAAUUGGGCAGGGUCUAGGCAAGGACUUUUUCCACUGCAAAACCUGUGCGGCUUGCAUGUCGAUCCAGGCCGAAAGCACCCACAAAUGCAUCGAAAGGAGUACGAAAUGCGACUGUCCGAUUUGUGGCGAGUACAUGUUCACCUCCAACAAACCGGUAGCGUUUAUGCGGUGCGGCCACAGUAUCCACGAGUCUUGCUUCGCCGAGUGGUGCAAUGCAAGCUACAAGUGUCCUAUAUGCUCGAAAAGCAUUGCAAACAUGGAGAGCCAAUUUCGGAGGCUGGACCGACACAUUGAAGAACAGCCCAUGCCUGAAGAGUACCGAGACAACCGAGCCUAUAUCUUCUGCAAUGACUGCAACAGCCGCAGUAUAACCAAAUAUCAUUGGCUGGGAUUGAAGUGCGCCAUCUGCGAAUCAUACAACACCACACAAUUGGAACUAUUGGGCGCUGAACAAAUUCCUAGGCUGGUACAAGAGCAGGAACGGGCUCAGCAAGCCGGGAUCAGUGAGGCAGCUAUAACUGCCAGUCAAAGCCAUACUCCAACGGAGCAAUUGGUACAGCCGGUGGACGUUGCCAGGUCGAUUGCUGCUACGCCUCCACGGCCCACUGAUAUGGCGAUAGAUGCGCAGUCUCCUCCUAGCAGAUCGUCUUGGUUACUGCCGCAUUCGCCGACGGCACGAUCUGCACGAUCCCCGUCGCCGGUUAUUGGAAGUUAUUUUGGUACCGGCCAGCGAGCGAUGGAAUCAUUUGAGCCGCCUAGGCGAGGAGCUACACCGCUUGAAGAUGACGAUGACCUCGAUUUCUGGGGCCGACCGAGUUCACCGCGUCAGCAUGAGGAGGCCGAGGGUGCGUCCGAAUCCGACAGUGAGAGUAGUGGUGACAACAUGAUGGAAGAUGAGGAUGACGGAGAUGAGGAAGACGAGGAUGCUAUGGAUCUGAUCGGACAUAGAUAACGAGGUGGAAGGGUGGGACAGUGCUAGGACCGGCACUGGGAUCAGCAACAUUGUGGUGUGAGUGCCCAGACACGAAGGAUUGAUUAUGAAUGAGAUGGCAUCAAGGGUUUCAUUGUACUUGUUCGAGUACAGCAGCAUUGAAGGAUUCGGGUUGGGAUUGGUAUAAAAGGGGUGUUUAUUCUUCUGUACAACAGUGCCUAGGUAGGUAAACAUGAAUACAUUUUGACGUGUGUACGGGGUACGGGGUACUUUGUAGAUUGUUCAACAAGCCUGUACUCAGUUGUGCUCGAGUAAGUACCAGCAGUACAGCGGCUGAUGGCUGGCUGUAG